AUGGUUGAAGAAAUGGUAAUGGGGAAGAAAGUCUCCAUCGCUCAGGAGGUCAACGGCAGAGAAGCAGACAUCCAGUUUGAAGACGAGGGAGAAACGGUUGGUGUCGGUCCAGUCACCGUCAAAUUCCUUCAGAGAUUUUCAGGACACGGGCUGAAUCGUUCUGCGUAUACGGACUCCUCUCGCCUCAGGAAGACCGUCUGGCUUCUCGUCUUCGUCAUCGCGUCGGGUUACAUGGUCUCCGGAAUCAUCGACGUACUCACGGCGUUCAUAUCGGGGGUGAAGACUACUUCGACAAAUGAUGGACUUCAACUGAUACUGACAUCUCGUGUCGCGAACGGAUUUCUUCUCCUAAUUCACCCUUCUGGAAUACAAUACGAUGAUGAAUUCGAAAAAGGAUAUGAGGUAAAUUGGGGAACGAUUUCUCACGUCACCACCAAGAAGGUGGUGUUGCAGCGCCUUCUUCCAGACGAAGGUGGAAAUUGUGCCCCAGAUACCUACCUCGAGAAGCGAUUUGACAUGAACAUUUUCGACCUUGAAUACAUAGAGGAGACGUAUUCCUGGUCGCCCAACUCAGUGCAGAUGAGUCGCAACGAGGUGUUACUCCUGCAUUUCAUCUCCUGGAUGGCAGAGGCGAAAAGGAAAAACAUGAGCGACAACGAGCUGAAAAACAGGACUUUCUGUCUACAUCCGAAGUCUGCUAUUUCCGCUUAA